CCUGGGUCCACCCGAAAUCACUUUCACGUUUCACGUUUCACGUUUCCCUUUUCUUUUUCUUCUCUUCGUUUUCCCACUUCGCUGGAGUUUCCCAUAUAUACUCGCAUUCUAGACCCUUCCAAUUUCAUCCUCAACAACCAUUAUUAUUAUUCCCACCAUAAAUCUAAUUGGAUUAAAACUUUAAAAGAUUAUUUCGGCAUAAAAAAUAAAAAAAGUUUCGCGUGUAUUUUCGCGCAUUCAGAAUUUGAUGGCGAAGUUUGGCGAGGGCGACAAGCGGUGGAUCGUGGCGGAGCGUCCCGACGGCACUAACGUGCACAACUGGCACUGGGCGGAGACCAACUGCCUCGAGUGGUCCAGAACCUUCUUCAAGAACAAUUUCAGUAACGUCGCCGUCGGUGGCGGCGACGGCGAUGCAACCAUCACGAUCAAGAAGGUGGAGAAGCUCGAUGGCGAGGCCUACGUGAACGUCCGCAAGGGGAAGGUGAUCCCCGGGUACGAGAUCAGCGUGAGGCUCGCGUGGGAGGGCGAGGCGCGGGACGCCAACGGGAAGGUUCUGCAGAGAGUCGACGGCGCCGUCGAGAUCCCCUACAUCUCCGACGAGAACGCCGGAGAGGAUCCGGAAAUUAAGGUUACGGUGAAAGAAAACGGUGAAAUUGGGAAUAAACUGAAGGAGGUGAUGUCGAAGAAGGGGAGGGUGGUGGUUUUGGAGAAGGUUAGGGUUUGGGUGGAGAGCAUGGCGAAGGGUGGGCCCGUGAAGGACGAGCUCGAAGCGAAGAAGGUUGCGGUACCUCACAACAAAAACAACACUAGUAGUAGUAAUGGUGAUAACAAUGAUUUGAAGAAGGAAGAGGUUAACAAGAGUGAGGGGAAGAAGGGGUUUAAGUUGAUUAGUUUGACUGAGAAGUUUAAUUGUAGGGCGAGGGAUUUGUUUGAGAUUCUGAUGGAUGAGAAUAGGUGGAGGGGUUUUACGCAGAGCAAUGCGAGGAUUAGUAAGGAGGUUGGAGGAGAGUUUAGUAUUUUCGACGGGUCGGUGACGGGGAAGAAUUUGGAGUUGGAGGAAGGGAUGUUGAUUGUGCAGAGAUGGAGGUUUGGGAGCUGGCCUGAUGGGAUUGAAUCCAUGGUGAGGAUUAUGUUUGAGGAGCCUGAAGAUGGAGUCACUGUUGUUAAGCUCACACAUAGUGAUGUCCCUGAAGAAGACAGAUAUGGAAAUGCAACUGUGGUGGAGAACACAGAGAGGGGUUGGCGGGAUCUCAUUUUCCAAAGGAUACGAACUGCGUUUGGUUUUGGAAUUUGAGAUUUUCCAAAUAUUAUUUAUGUUGUAGAAUUUUUCAUUUUCUUUUCAAGAGAUUUUGUUUUUUUUUUUCAGCAAGAAAAGAUUAUUGGAUUGGCAAUUUCCCACGAAAGACGAAGUGUCUUUUGCAAUGAUUUCGCAAAUUGACUCUUGCUCAAUUGAAUGGUCUUGCUGGCUGUAUCUCUUGUUAGAAAUGUGAGCUGUCAUCAUUCAUCAAUGUGAUCUCAUUGUUCAUCUCAUUAAACUUUUGUUAUACAAUGAAAGGGUUACAAAUUCAGUUGGAGCUAAAUUGCUCCCAUUUACCAUCUUUACUAAAUGAAGACUUGCGAAUUUCCAGCUGCAUGUGUUAAUUCCUACUUAAUUUCCAGCUGCAUAGUGCUUUUAGUUAUGUUGAAAUUGGAUAUAUUCAAAUGGGUCUUGGAGUAAUUGCCAUGAACCUCAGACUUCUUCAACCUUCAUGUGUUGUAUUGUGAGUGUUCUUGCUUAAUCAUAUGAUUAGAACCCAACUCAUUGGUUGGGAACCUAGGCUUGAUCUGAAA